ACCAGGCCCCUCAGCCGGAGCCACUAUAAAGGGUCGCCAACACGGAUUCUGCGCAGUUUCCUCUCCGUUGGCUGUUCGGACUGACAUAGCAGACAGGCAUGUCUCACGCGUGGGGUUACGGUCCAUCUGACGGACCUGAAACCUGGGCAGAAAACUUUCCUCUAGCUAGUGGGCCCAGACAGUCUCCCAUCAACAUCGUCCCCAAGGAGGCCCAGUUUGACCCCUCUCUGAAGCCCCUGAAAAUCAGGUACGACGCCAGAGACGCUAAGGGCAUCCUCAACAAUGGACAUUCCUUCCAGGUGGACUUUGUGGAUGACACCGACAGCUCCACUCUGACAGGAGGUCCCAUCUCUGGAACCUAUCGUUUGAAGCAGUUUCAUUUCCACUGGGGAGCCAGUGAUGAAAGGGGCUCAGAGCACACCAUCAAUGGCAUCACGUUUCCUUGUGAGCUUCACCUGGUGCACUGGAACACCAAAUAUGCCAGCUUUGGAGAGGCUGCAGACAAGCCUGAUGGCCUGGCUGUGGUGGGGGUCUUUCUUAAGAUCGGUGCUGCCAAUCCCAAGCUCCAGAAGGUUCUGGACGCACUGGAUGCUAUCAAGACCAAGGGAAAGCAGAACGUCUUUGCCAACUUUGACCCAAAGACUCUUCUUCCGGGUUCACUGGACUAUUGGACUUACGACGGCUCUUUGACAACCCCGCCCCUCUUGGAGAGUGUCACCUGGAUUGUUCUUAAAGAGCAAAUCAGCGUCAGCCCUGCUCAGAUGGCUAAGUUCCGCAGCCUCCUCUUCACUGGGGACGGAGAACCUCUGUGCAACAUGGUGGACAACUUCAGACCUCCUCAGCUCCUCAAGGGUCGUCGGGUCCGGGCUUCCUUUAAAUAAACACGCCUUCCUUCAAGUUUC